CCACCCGGCUGGGCAGACAAUGGCAAGCUCAUCGUCCAUGCCGACGGCACAAACUCAGCGGUGCUGCCGAUGGACUACCAAAAAUUGUUUGGUAGGUUGUCAUCUUGAGCUCGCCGCUGAAAUUUUCAUUCCCUUACCAUGCAUGAUGGUCGUGAUGCUGGGGGGAAGAGCAACACGGAGAUGGGGGAGCGGGCGAGACCUGUCUUCCCAGUUUAUUCGAGACAGAUCUGGUCUGCAGAGAUGCACUCUCGACGCGAUGGACCUAAUGCACGGCGCCUAUUCGGAGAGCCGCAGCUUGAUCUGCAGAGGCGGACGCGCGCGCGGGCGAGCAGCAAAGGGCCGUUCCGGCAAGUAGCCUUCCCCAUUUCGCAGAACCUUGCGAUCUUCUCAUGUCCAGAGCCAAGCCAGGCCCAUCAGAGCAGGACCAGGGGCGGGCUCCACAAGGGCCUGUUUUUCUUAGCAAGCUGGGCGCCGAGAAGGAAAAAAAUAGGCGAGUCUGCACCGUUAGGGAUGAAGACCGAGGAGAGUCAGAACAGGAACAGGGCCGCCAAAAAGAAACAUCUUAGCAGUUCUCCGUUUCGAUCGGAGGACCUCCGGGUUAUGAGCCCGGCGCGCUUCCCCUGCGCCAAACUGCUUUUGAACCGUUUUCGGCGGCUGUUGAAUAGCACGGUGCUUAUCGUCGCUUGUGUAGGUGCGUGCUGCAAAAAUAAUGUGUGUGGUGUUUGUGGGGAAGUGUGACUCACUUUCUGUUCGAUGGCCACUUUGGGAAAUUAGACGUGGA